AUGACCCUACGAGGUCACAAAAGAGGUGUCGCUGCCGUGAGAUUCUCGCCCAAUGGAAAAUGGAUCGCCAGCUGCUCCGCCGACUGCACCAUCAAAGUUUGGAACGCUCAGACAGGAACCCUUGUACACACUCUGGAAGGUCACCUCGCUGGUGUAUCUACCAUAUCCUGGGCUCCCGACUCCAUAGUCCUUGCAUCGGGCUCCGACGACAAAUCCAUCAGGCUUUGGGACGUUAGGACGGGAAAAUGCAUGCCGACGGCCUUGACCGGUCACCACAACUACGUAUACAGUAUUGCCUUCUCACCAAAGGGCAACAUGCUCGUCAGCGGAUCAUACGAUGAAGCAGUAUUCCUAUGGGAUGUGCGGACAGCCCGAGUGAUGAGAUCGCUACCUGCUCACUCGGACCCCGUAUCUGGAGUCGACUUCGUGCGGGACGGAACGCUGGUAGCAUCUUGCUCAAGCGACGGCCUCAUCCGAAUAUGGGACUCGAAUACUGGACAGUGUUUGAAGACACUGGUGCACGAAGACAAUGCACCGGUCACAUCGGUGCGCUUUUCACCCAACGGGAAGUUCGUGCUUGCGGCGACACUAGAUUCGAGCGUGCGAUUGUGGAAGUACGUCGAAGGCCGAUGCAUCAAGACAUAUCAGGGACAUGUGAACCAGAAAUUCAGCAUCAACGCGUGCUUUGGAGAAUAUGGCAAGGCAGUAAUCUGGGAUGUCAACACGAAGAAGGUGCUGCAGGUCUUGACAGGACACGAGGAUGUAGUUCUUGGGGUUGACAGCAGUCCGGAUAGCGUCAUGGUAGCGACGUGUAGUCUGGACGGGAGCAUCAAGGUGUGGAAGAACAGUCCAGACAAGUAA